GCCUUUAAAUCCCCCGGACGUUCCAUGGGCGGCGGCAAAGGCUAAUUAACUGGCCGCGCCAUCGGUUACAUGCGCGCGCCAUUAUCGCCGGUCGAUCACCGAGGAGGCGAAGACGAUCUGGUGCGGACGGGUCGAUGGCGGCGGCGACAACGACACAGCGGCAUGACGACGACAACAACGACGUGGAGUCUCAGCGGGAGCACGAUGACGACGGUAGUAGCAGCCGCCGUGAGCAGCAAGAGCAGCGGCGGCCUCUGCUGGUGAAGCGGCGCUCCCUGGCGGACGACGGCGGCGGGAUGAGCCCGGUGCAGCGGGCCAUCAGCCAGACGUACCAGAGCACGGCGCACCUGGCGAAGCUGCUGCCGACGGGCACCGUGCUGGCGUUCCAGCUGCUGUCCCCGGUGGUGACGGCGCAGGGCCACUGCGUGCGCGCUAACCGCGCCAUGGCCGGCGCUCUCCUGGCGCUCUGCGCGCUGUCCUGCUUCGCGCUCAGCUUCACCGACAGCUUCCGGGACGCCGCCACGGGGGCCGUCCGCUACGGCUUCGCCACCCCGUGGGGGAUCUGGGCCAUCGACGGCGGCGCGCCGCCGGACGACCCGCGCGCCGCGGCCGCGUACCGGGUCCGGUUCCUCGACCUGGUGCACGCCGUGGUGUCCGUCUUGAUCUUCGCCGCCGUCGCGCUGCUCGACCAGAACCUCGUGGCGUGCUUCUACCCCGUGCCGUCGGAGGACGCGAAGCAGGUGCUCACCGUGCUGCCCGUCGCCAUCGGCGUCGUCGGGAGCAUGCUGUUCGUCACCUUCCCGACCACCCGCCACGGCAUCGGGUUUCCGCUAUCACAGCGCUAAUUCAGUAACUUACUGCCAGGAGGAUGGAUUCAUGGCUAACGCUACCUGAUUGUAACUUAUAUUAUCAACAGAUGGUUGUUUUCGUAUACUUCAUUCAUGCUACAACUUGAUGAGCUUGAAAUGCACUACUUGUUUGUA